CAGCAAUCACUGUCUUCUCAUUAUUUACUCUCAUGAUUGUAUUCUUCGCCUUCAUCUCUAUCGCAGGUUAUGUUGCGUGGAGGUACAUCCAACUCAAACGAAGGGGGUAUCCCUUUCCGCCAGGCCCUCCUGCAGAUCCUAUUUUAGGACACCUUCGUGUGAUACCUCUCACGAACAUGCCAGAAAAAUAUCAUGAAUGGUCAAAGAUCUAUGGCGAUGUUCUCUACCUCAGUGUCCUCGGAACCUCCAUCGUGGUUCUUAACAGCGAGCAAGCAGCCUCGGAUCUUCUCGAGAAACGAAGCGCUAUCUAUAGUGACAGGCCACAAGCUCCAAUGCAUGAUCUGAUUGGAUGGUCUGACAUGCUAGCAACGUUGCCCUUACGUAUCAGGGAUCCGAGAAGUUCAAGGAUCUGCAGGUUGCCCAUGCCCACACACUACUAUCCAAGUUUCUCGAAUGCCCUCAGAAGUUUGAGCACCAUGUCCGGCGAUUUGCGGCUGCAGUGGUAAUGGAAAUAACUUACGGGCACCGUAUCAUGUCCGACGACGAUCCUUACAUUGAAAUUGCGCAAGGAGUGAAUCAGAUAGUCGCCGACGCUGGAAAUCCUGGCAUGACGCCCGUAGAUCUCCUACCUUUCCUGAAGUACCUGCCCGCAUGGUUUCCCGGUGCAUGGUUCAUUCGAGUCGCACGAGAUGCUCAACCGAUGAUCGCCAAGUUUAGGAACUAUCCUUAUAACGAAGUAAAACGGCAGAUGGCCGAUGGCACAGCGAAAGUAUCGUUCCUAUCCAUGCAUCUCGAAGAACUUGCGCGACAGGGUAAGCAAACACCUGAAGACAUAAAUGCUGUCAAGGUCGCCGCCUUUCAACUUUUCGGAGCUGGAGGAGAUACGGCGAGUGGUCCAAACACUUGUCUAUUGAAUACGUCUAAAACCUUGGGUCAGACGUUCUCCGCUUUACUCACAUUCAUCUUGGCCAUGCUGCAUCAUCCUGAAAUCCAAAAGAAAGCUCAAGAGGAGAUCGACAAGGUGGUAGGCAACGACCGUCUUGUUGACUUUUCCGAUCGCGAUGCCUUGCCUUAUAUCAACUGUGUGCUUUGGGAAGCGAUUCGAUGGCACCAAGCUGCGCCUUUGGGUGUUCCACGUAGGGCGAUGAGCGACGAUGUCUAUAAAGGGAUGUUCAUACCUAAAGGCUCUAUGAUCGUUGCUAAUAUGCGGGCCAUCACACUUGAGGAGAAUGUUUACGCCGAACCACAUAAGUUCUGUCCAGAGCGGUAUCUUCCCAAACCCGCGGGAAACAGCGAACCAUUCCCAACGUUCACGUUUGGUCACGGGCGUCGAAUAUGUCCUGGUCGCUUCCUCGCCGAGAACAGUCUUUGGAUUGCGGCAGCGUCGAUACUGUCGGCCUUCAACAUUAGUAGGGCUCGAGACUCCAAAGGCAAAGAGAUCGUUCCAAAGCUCGAGUUCGUGAACGCACUGAUAAGCCAUCCGAAACCUUUCCAGUGUGAGAUACGCCCAAGGUUUGAAAGAACAGCCAGUUUGGUCCACAAUGCUGUCCAUGAUGAUAGUCUCGACGCGGAGGCACGUAACAUUCUUGCAGAUUAGAGUAGUAUAAAAAUGGUCUGCUAUACUGUCCUUGUAUUUGUACAACUUCUUUUGAUACGAACAUGCGCGAGAUGCAUUAUUCUGUCGCUGCCGUGUUUAACUCCCAGGGUUUCUUC